AUGCGGGAAAAUAUGGAGGAUCUCACCUCCCCGGGCGUCCUCUCUUGCAGCUACGGGGCCUACCCCACUCCGCCGGGGCAGGGCUACUCGCAGCAGGCCAGCCAGCCCUACAGCCAGCAGAGCUACAGCGGCUACGGGCAGUCGGGGGACACGUCGGGCUACGGCCAGAACAGCUACAGCUCCUCCUACGGCCAGACGCAGAGCAGUUAUAGUACUCCGUCAACGCCACAAGGCUACGGGACCUCGACAGGUUACGGGAGCAGCCAGACAUCACAGAGCUCCUAUGGGCAGCCAUCCUCCUACCCUGGCUACUCGCAGCAGCCAGCAGCCAGCUCUUCCAGUGGAAGCUAUGGCAGCAGCUCCCAGAGCAGCGGCUAUGGGCAGCCCCAGAGCGGCGGCGGCAGCAGCAGCAGUGGGGGCAGCGGCUAUGGCCAGCAGUCCAGCUACAGCAGCCAGCAGCAGAGUUCCUAUGGGCAGCCGUCAUCCUACAACUCUUCUCAGGGCUAUGGCCAGCAGAGCCAAUACAGCAGCGGUGGUGGCGGUGGCAGCAGUGGCUCCGGCAGCUACGGCCAGGACCAGUCCAUGAGUGGUGGUGGUGGUGGUGGGGGCAACUACAACAACCAGGACCAGGGCAGCUAUGGUGGAGGCCAGCAAGACCGUAGCCGUGGGCGCGGGGGCUAUGGCCGCGGCAGCUUCGAUCGAGGUGGCCGAGGCAGCCGGGGAGGCCGCGGUGGAGGCAUGGGCGGUGGUGAGCGAGGUGGCUACAAUAAAUUCGGUGGGCCAAGGGACCAGGGAUCACGACACGACCCCGGAGAGCAGGAUAACUCGGACAACAACACCAUCUUCGUGCAGGGGCUUGGCGAAAAUGUGACUAUUGAGUCGGUGGCUGACUACUUCAAGCAGAUUGGGAUCAUUAAGACCAACAAGAAGACAGGGCAGCCAAUGAUCAACCUGUACACAGACCGUGAGACGGGCAAGCUGAAGGGGGAGGCCACGGUCUCCUUCGACGACCCUCCCUCCGCCAAAGCAGCCAUCGACUGGUUUGAUGGCAAGGAGUUCUCUGGCAACCCCAUCAAGGUCUCCUUCGCCACCCGACGGGCCGACUUCAACCGUGGCGGCGGGAAUGGGCGCGGAGGCCGUGGCCGUGGAGGACCCAUGGGCCGUGGUGGCUACGGCGUUGGCAACAGUGGUGGUGGUGGCGGGAGCCGAGGCGGCGGCUUCCCCAGUGGCGGAGGUGGGCAGCAGCGUGCCGGGGACUGGAAAUGCCCCAACCCGACCUGUGAGAACAUGAACUUUUCCUGGCGCAACGAGUGCAACCAGUGCAAGGCCCCCAAGCCCGACGGGCCCGGAGGCCCUCACAUGGGCGGCGGGUUCGGUGAAGAGCGCCGCGGGGGCCGAGGUGGCUUUGACCGUGGCGGUGGCUUCCGGGGCGGCCGCGGCGGUGACAGAGGUGGCUUCCGGGGCGGCCGCGGCGGUGACCGGGGCGGCUAUGGCCCAGGCAAAAUGGACUCCAGAGGGGAUCACAGACAAGCCCGCCGCGAGCGACCCUACUGAGACUGUACAGACCCCCCCCACGCACUCUGGCAUCCUGACCCACCCCCCUUUUAUUUUAUACGAUGUCCCCUCCCUUCGACUCGGUUUCCCCACCCUUUGUGUACGACUUUGUACGGCCCUUGGGGGAUUUUAAUGGGGGUUUUUCCGGCUGUAUUGGGAGUGAGGGAAGAGCUCUGACCAUUAAAAUGACACCCUCCAUUGUUCUG